AUGGUCUAUUAUUUUACAGCUAAAGUAUCACAAGGAGGAAAUGAAUAUUCUGAUUUUGCAUUAGAUGAGGAUACUACAGAAGCAACUAUCUAUAUGGGUAGGGAUAAAAUUGAAAAUGAUCCAUUAAUUAAACAUUCACAUCCAAAAAACAUUUGGUUUCAUGUUGAUAAAUUAUCAUCAGCUCAUAUUUAUUUACAAUUAACUAAAGAACAAAUUAAAUCAUUCAAAUCUUUUGAAAAAUUCCUGAUUGAAGAAGAUUUAUUAACACAAAUGGCACAACUAACUAAGGCAAAUUCCAUAAAGGGAAAUAAACUUAAUAACGUGACGAUUAUCUAUACUCCGGUAGAGAAUUUACAUACUGAUGGUUCAAUGGAUAUAGGAACUGUUACAUUUAAAAACCCAAAAUUGGUCAAGAGAGUUAAUGUUGCAAAAAAGGAAAAUGCUAUAAUAAAUAAAUUGAAUAAAACUAAACGUGAAAUCCCAACAGAUGAGUUUAUAACUGGUCAAGAACAAUUGAUUCGAGAAAUUGCAAUGGAAAGAAAACAAGAAGAAAAAGAAGCUAAAGAUUUGGCUAAACAAUAUGAAACUCAGAAAAAGAAUAAAUCUGAUCCAUAUGCUGAUUUGUUUGCGGCUGAUAAUCAAUCUCAAACUCAAAGUAAUAUAAAUUAUGUAGAGGAUGAUUUUUGGUGA